AUGAGGCUGCCUUGGAAACUCGAAAAGACAAAGGUCACUGGGGUCAAGGAAAUCGUGGCAAAGUUCACUGAAAGCCGGUCAAAGGGUGAUGAGUCCAGCGAGUCGUGGCCUGCUUGGCGACGGUGGGCCAGAACGAUAGUCAUAGCGCCAAGCUUCGAAUGGUUUUGUGCAAGUUUGAUUCUCUUGUGUGCUCUGUUGAUUGGCACUGAAGCCAACUGGAACAUCCAAAACAUUGGCAGUGCUCCUCCGGCAAUCUUUCGGAUUUUGAACACCGCAUUCAACUUCCUUUUUGCUUUGGAGUUGGUUCUGCGGAUUUUGGUGGAAGGCCUUGGCUUCUUCUCUUUCUACAAUCAGUCUAUCCAUUGGAAUGUGAUGGAUGCUGCACUAGUCGCCGUUGCAAUAGUGGAAGAAGUCAUUUUGGUGAUGGUCGCAGCAUCAGCCGAAUCCUCCGUCGACUUGUCAGGCUUGAAGGUGUUGCGCAUGUUGCGCUUGGCGCGUAUUCUUCGUGUUGUCAAGGUGGUGAGGUUCUUUUCGGAAUUGCGCAUUAUGGUGAAUGGAGUAAUUGGCUCCGCUAGAUCUCUUUGCUGGGCACUUCUGCUGAUCAUGUUGGUGAACUUUUUGUUCGGAGUGUUCUUUAUGCAACUGUCCAUCGACUACUUGGAGGAGACUAGUCAAGACCAGGCCUUGAUGAAGUACUUUGGUUCUUUGCCACGGACUAUGAUGACGUUGUAUCAAGCCAUCUCUGGAGGGAUUGACUGGGACAAUGCGGUUGUAACCUUGCUGCCGGUGACCUGGAUCAUCGAGUAUAUCUUUGCGGCAUAUAUAUUCUUCACCAUUUUCUGCUGCCUCAACAUCAUCACGGGAAUUUUUGUGGACAAUGCAAAAGCUUUGAAGGUGGCAGAUUUGGAGAACAUGCCGCUGGGUUCAGGAAUCAAUACAGACACAACCAAUACUGAUGAGCUUUGGCAGCUGUUUGAUUUCGGCGAGAGCGGCUACAUUGACCAAGAUGAGUUUGCCAUCGGCAUCAAGCAAUUCCAUGGCCAAGCACGCAGCAUUGACCUCUACAAGCUUCGGAAGGAAAUGAGGGAUGUUUCGAAAAGUGUGAAAAGGAUUGCAUCGGUCUUGUCAUUUGAUGGGUGA